AUGGAUAUCGUCAAGGGGUUCGUCACCUCGAUGAAGCAGUUCUACAAUGACAUUAAUCCCGCCACGUUAACCGGAGCCAUAGACGUGAUAGUCAUUGAACACGAGAACGGGGAUCUCGUCUCAACUCCGUUCCAUGUUCGCUUCGGCAAAAUAAAUGUAAUGAAUUUCGUGGGGAAAACCGUAGAGAUCUACAUCAACGACGAGCCCACUGAUCUCCGGAUGAAGUUGGGGGCGAGCGGGGAAGCUUUCUUCGUAGAAGCCAGUGAAGACGAACCUCCCGCUCACUUGGCCACUUCGCCGAUUCCCGAUCAUCCAUUAAAUGAUCUCAGCUGUUCCCCUCGGAAGCGGUCGGGCAGCUCUCCGGCAGUCGUGCUGAAAGCCCGGGCUUCGAAUGUGGCUCGAAAACUGGUGGAUGGAGGAGCAGACAGCAAGGAUACGGAUCGGAUAAACGCGUCCGCUCAUCAGACGAGUCUUCAAAGGAACGAAGAUGAAAAAUCCAACGCUUCGGAACGGUCGAUGACGAAAAUCAAGAAAAGAAGACGGAAAGUGAGCAAACCGAUGGAGAAAAUUACCAGAGAGAGCAGUUCCAGCGAUGUCGAAGAAACCCAGUUCGUACUAGAGGUCGAGGAUCAGUCGUCUGAAAUGAAAACCGCAAAGACAACUCAACAGAAUCCGUCAACCGCUCACCGAGGGAACGAGGGUGGUAAGCUGAAGGAGCCGUGUGGCAACAACACUUCGAACACCACCGUGACCAGUGACGACGAAUUCAACUGGACCUCGGUGGCUUCGGGUGUUGCCUCCGCGCGACUCACGCCCAUGGGUCAGGUCGUUAGCGAUGGUGAUAUUUCCGACGUGGAGAAGGGACGCGAGAGACCGCCGUCACCUGCGAAAUCCGACACCCUCGUCGAGUUGGGGCCUCACGACGACGACGACACGAACGCAACGUGGCUGUGGGGCGAGCUGCCAGUCGUUGAGAUGCCUCCCGAGGUGUCGGCUCUCCCAGGUCCGGCUCAGAACAAAUCCCAGGCGACAGCGUCGCGUGACGCAACAGAGCUCGGAAGUUCGCCGCCAGAAAAGGCCCUAUACCUAGACGACGUUUUGGCUCAAACCGACCCAGAAAUGCGGAAAAUUUAUAUUGGCACAUGCCCCCGGAAGAGCGCGGCGAAACCUACCGGGGGACCGUCCGGACACCCGUUGGAAGACGGCGAGUCCGGUAACGGACCUUCACUAUCUCAGAGCCCCCAAUCCGGCCUCGAUUCGGAUUGUGAGCCUGAGAUGAGGCAUCCGGUGUUCGAUUAUAGACUCCGGAAGUACUCUGACCUGGCGAUGUCCUUAUGCGGCUUGGAGAGAGAGGAAGAAAACAUCGAAGAGCGUUUCCUUCUGAGUUUGGUGACGUACGAUGAUUUCUGUCAAAACCCGGACAUCCUCCACGAUCCAGACCUCGUCUUCCGAAUGAACGGGAGGUACUACAACUGGAAAAGCAUGGCACCGCAAUUGCUUUCGUUGGCAAUGUUCCAAACCGCUCUGCCAAAAGCUACGAUGCAGAGACUCUGCGCUGAACAUCUGCCAAAGAAGAAGACCCCCAACGCAACUCCCCAAGUGAAGUCUAGGAGUUGGUGGUGGUCCCGACCCCAAGAAGAAAUUCUGCUGGAACAGAAGGAUGCCAAAUUACCCGAGUCAGCUUCUCCAGGGAAAGAAGCCCUCGAUGCCAAAGAGGCAGAAAUCUGCGAGGCGAAAUCCGCGUCAGAGGAAGAGCUCCUGGCGCAGCAGCUGCUAGAAGAGGAACUCUGCAAAUCGCAUAACAAAAAAUCAUUGAGACUUUCAUCCGACCAACUCAAGUCGUUGGGUUUAAAACCAGGAUCGAAUUUCGCCGAGUUCAAAGUCAUCACGGCUUAUCAAGGAACAUCGGUGUGUUCCUGUCAUAUCUACCUGUGGAAAUCCACGGACAAGGUCGUCAUUUCCGACAUCGACGGAACGAUCACCAAGUCCGACGUACUCGGGCAUAUACUCCCGAUUAUCGGGAACAAUUGGGCUCAGAGCGGCGUGACUUCAUUGUUCAACAAAAUCGUCGACAACGGGUAUAAGAUGGUCUACCUCUCCGCGAGAGCGAUAGGCCAAGCUCAGAUGACUCGGGGCUUCCUCCGAUCGAUCAAGCAGGACAAUCUGUGGCUGCCCGACGGUCCCGUCUUAUUGAAUCCGACAUCGCUGCUGAACGCCUUGCACCGAGAGGUGGUGGCGAAAAAUCCGCACGUUUUCAAGAUUAACUGUCUGAAGGACGUCAAGCAGCUCUUCAAUAAGGGCGAGGACAGCGUAGCGACGCCUUUCUACGCCGGCUUCGGAAACAAGACGACGGACGCGCUUUCGUACAAAACCGUCUCUGUACCCGUCAACCGAAUUUUCACGAUCAAUCACAAGGGAGAAAUCAGCCAGGAGCUGAUGGGGAACGUUGGCAAGACGUACCAUUGUCUGGGCGAUAUCGCCGACCACAUAUUCCCGUAUGUCGAGAAAGUCGAACCGCAGGGCGGCUUCAAUAGCUUCAGUUUCUGGAAAGAUCCCUUGCCGACAGUCGAAAUCAAGAAGCCCACCGCUGAGACCCCGAAACCAGGCUCGCCACAACAGCCUCCAGCCCAGCAAACUCAACCGAAAGAAGAAAAUAAAGAAGCUAAGGAUUCCAAAGCUUCGUCUCCAAAAAAGACGAACAAAUAAGUUAAAGCUUGCGUGUCAUCGGGAGGAGAUACUCCGCUCCCCCCUCAGUGAGAUAGUCUAGUUCAGAGCCGUGGUGUCCGUUCGUCUCUACUAUUCUGUAUACUCGAGUCAGACUUCCCUGUAAAUGAUAAGCAGUAUCACAUGUGAUGACCGGUCGAUUGUGUGAUUGAUGGGUUGAUCGAUUGUUUGGUUGGAAUAUGUUAAAGGCGACAGAUGAGGUGGCUGAUGAUCUUCGACAUGGAUGACUUCCAUUAUGAACUCUGCAAUCGUUGUCCCCCGAUCUGUUCGCCAGCGGACAAUUCGGUAAUUCCUGAUCGGAUCACCUUCUCGCAUCCGAGCUAACUUUUAAGAAAACGAUCCCGCUGCCCCGCACUUUAUUAUCGGUCAGUUAGGAACAACUUGAGAAAGGUCGUCCGUCACUGUAUUAGUCUGUCGCCGAGUCACUUUCCUUGUUCGCUGGUAGAAAAGAAACGCAUCAAAAUCUUGUAUUACACGGAGAUGUGAACGUGCUUGUAUCGCUGAUCGGAUCGUUUUUCUAAUGAGGAUGGAACAAAAUAAAUCAGUGGAUUCA